CACUCCACACAUAAAAAACCCUGAUUUACAUUUUUCAUCGACGCCGCUGCUUCUCCACAGUGAAAUGUGCACACUUGAAAAAUCCACCUAUUUCCUUUCACUAUUAGAGCUUCCCUUCCAACGAUCUCCUCUCAACUUUGACACCAGAAUUCACACAUCUCAAAUCGCAUUGAAAUAUGAAAUAAGGUUCACGGAUACGUUGUUGUUGGAAAAUUUCAGCUCUUCCGAUUACAUUUUUUAUUACGAAACUGGAGGAAAGUAUUAAUUUUUACAGAGGGGCAAAACGCGGAUUAUUCUACGCAAUCGUUCUCCAAAAACAAUCUCACUUAUCUAUAAGGUGAUUGAUUAGCAUUAAUCAAUAUAUUUCAGCAGUGGAUGAUAAGGUGAUUCAUUAGCAUUAUUCAAUUGUUAAUUUAAGAAUUUUUUUUUUAAUAAUUAUAUAGGUAGAUAGAUAUAGAUUGGUUUGCUUAUGUAUAGAUUUCCCUUAUUAGAAGCUAUACCUUUGGAUGAAGCCACCUGUUCCGCCGACGCCGGUAUCCAAACCUUACUUUUUCUACGGCCACCGCAAACCCUCCCAGAACUGCCCCACCGUCCGCGGCGGUUUAUUCUCCAACCGCCAAACUCUAAACCCGAAGAAACUCGUCCGCCCCACCGAGGAGCCGUUUGACCUCCAGAAAUGGGAUCCGGACCAUAGAGCAAACCAAACACCUUUCCAUGUGAAAGACCCUUCUGAAAGAUUCUUCAUUUUAGCCAAGAACCUGUCUCCUAUCGCUAGAUACAUUGUAGAUGCCUUCAGAAAUCAUAAGUACUGGACCCCGGAGCUGGUGGCUGACCUUAAUCGCCUGCGCCGUGUGACACCGAAGCUGGUGUCCGAGGUUCUCAAGUUUCCUGACGUUGAUCCUAGGCUCUCAUCCAAGUUCUUUAACUGGGCUGGCAAGCAGAAGGGCUAUCGGCAUGAUUUCGCCUGUUACAAUGCUUUUGCUUACUUUCUGAAUCGGGCAAAUCACUUUCGGGCCGCUGAUCAGGUGCCUGAAUUGAUGCAUAUGCAAGGGAAGCCACCUACUGAGAAACAAUUUGAAAUGUUGAUUAGGAUGCAUGCUGAUGCUAAAAGAGGUCUACGGGUACACUCUGUCUAUGAGAAAAUGAAGAAGUUUGGUGUAAAACCACGAGUAUUUUUGUAUAACAGAAUUAUGGAUGCAUUAGUUAAGACUAACCAUGUAGAUUUAGCCAUGUCAGUUUAUAAUGACUUCAAGGCGGAUGGUUUGGUGGAGGAAAAUGUGACUUAUAUGAUUUUGUGCAAGGGCUUAUGUAAAGCUGGACAGAUGGAUGAAGUGUUUAGCCUUUUGGAUAAGAUGAGGAAGAAUCUGUCCAAGCCAGAUGUUUUUGCGUACACGGCUAUGGUAAAGGUGUUGAUCUCAGAAAAAAAUUUGGAUGGUUGUUUAAUGGUGUGGGAAGAGAUGCUAAAGGAUCGUGUUGAUCCUGAUGUCAUGGCUUAUACUACUUUGGUCAUGGCGCUUUGUAAAGGUAACCAUGUUGACAAGGGUUACGAAUUGUUUAAGGAGAUGAAAGAGAGAAAUUAUUUGAUAGACAGGGCAGUUUAUGGAACUCUGAUUGAAGCAUAUGUUGUAGAUGAGAGGGUGGGUUUAGCUUGUGGAUUGCUCAAAGAUUUACUGGAAUCAGGGUACAGGGCAGAUUUGGCAAUAUAUAACUCCCUAAUAAAUGGGUUGUGUACAGCAAAGAAGGUUGACAGAGCUUAUAAGCUUUUCCAUGUGACAGUUCGAGAAGAUCUUCAACCAGAUUUUGAUUCUGUUAAUCCCAUCUUAGUGUCUUAUGCAGAGUCAAAAAGAUUAAAAGAAUUUUGCGAGUUUCUUGAGCAAAUGCAGAAACUUGGGCUUUUUUUCACUGAGUAUCUAGUCAAAUUCUUUUCUGGCUUGGUAGAGAGGGUGGAUGGUGUCGUGGUGGCUCUGGAAGUGUUUGAAUACUUGAAAAUGCAAAAGUAUAUUACUGUUCCAGUUUACAAUAUACUUAUGGAGGCGCUUUACAAGAAUGGUGAGGAAAAGAAGGCAUUGGCACUCUUCAAUGAACUUAAUGAACUUGGCAUGGUACUCGAUUCAUCUACUUACAGUAAUGCAAUUUUAUGUUUUGUUGAAGUUGGAGAUGUAAAAGAGGCUUGCAUUUGGUACAACAGGAUAGUCGAAAUAUCAUCUGUUCCUUCACUUGAUGCUUAUUCAUCUCUUGUUAAAGGCCUCUCUAAAAUGGGAGAGUUAGAUGCUGCUAUGUUGCUGAUUCGUGACUGCUUGGCCAAUGUGGAAAGUGGUCCAUUGGAAUUUAAGUACACUCUCACAAUUAUCCACGUUUGCAAGUCGAAUGAUGCCACAAAGGUAAUUCAAGUUGUAAAUGAAAUGGUGGAACAAGGUUGUCCUCCAAGUGCUGUUACAUGUGCUGCUAUUAUUUAUGGCAUGUGCAAGCACGGAACAAUGGAAGAGGCGAGGAAAGUCUUCUCAAUCAUGAAAGAUUCCAAAUUUCUCAUUGAAGCUGAUGUAAUAGUCUAUGAUGAGAUGCUUGGAGACCACAUGAAGAAGACGGCUGCAGGUUUACUGUUCUCCGGGAUAAGAUUCUUUGGCCUGGAGUCAAAAUUGAAGGCAAAGGGCUGUUCAGUUCUCUCCAGUUGAACACAUGAGCCAAGCAAUGAUGAUCCCUCUGAGCCAGGACUUUUUCCGGUGGAUGAUACAAAGACAAGAAGAUGGUUAUGCUCGGCUUAAACGUUGUAUAUCGAUUGGUGACAUCACCACCUGGCAGGUGCCUCCUGUUGUGAAAAAUAUGGCUUUUCAGAAGUACAGCCAUAUGGAUCAAAGUCUUUUCACAAGAUUCUUCCGUAUGGGAAUUCCCUAUAUUGAGCUCAACGCCCACGGAAGAGCUAGGCCUAGUUUAGCUCGACUUUACAAUUGGAGGUAUAAAGAUCUUGGAGAUCUACCAUAUGUGAGAGAGAAUGAUAUCUCUUGCCAGGCAAAUGCUGGAUUCUUCUUCGACUAAAAGUUGGUGGACGUUCCCGAUUACCAUGGGAGAGGUGAGUCUGCUCCUUCUCCGUGGUUCUAUCAAAAUGAAUGAGAGGCUAAGUAUGUUGUUAGUGUGUGUAUUGCUUGGGUAUCCAGCCGUAGAUGUGUCCCAUAUGAUUUCAUUGGUCCACCUCACAAGGUUACCAAUGUUAUUACCUUGAUAUACUAUGCUUACAAUUGGCAAUAUAGUUAUGUACUGCAAUCUGUUGACACUAGAAAUUUAGAUGUAGAGGCUCUUCAUGUGCUGCUCUGUUUGCACAGUCAUGCCGUUUUUGAUGAGUGGUAGGUAGUGUAGUGAAUUAUAGCUAACAAAAUAACAUAAUUCAGAAAACUAGUUUUUUUUGCACGCUUCAAUAUGGAUGCUACAUGUUCAAGUUUAACUAAAUUUGAUA